UGUGGGCUGGAAAGAGUUAAGAAACCAAUGAUUCACUGUAGACACACUCUCCCAGCUCAAAGUUGUAAAGUGGAUCACUUCCUCUGCCUGCAAGGGAACUUCUGCAAAAACGGCGGACGCCAUGAGAAGCAGCCGGUGGGAAUGGCAUUGCCAGGAGUCUGACGGUGAACCAUAGCCCCCUCCAGAUUCAGGCAGGGUCGGGAUCCCGAGGAAGGAGACGAAACAGGUGAGGCCAGAUCCUGCAACAAUGGCUGCCCAGCAUGAUGCCCAGCUGCUACCGGUGAUCAGGGACCUGUAUGCAUCCAUCCAGGAACUCUGUGAGCACCAGGGCAGAGAUGGACGUCCCAUCACCGACGGCGUUCCUGCUCUCCACAAGCUGUGCACGAAACUGGAGUACCUGUUGCAGUAUGAUCAGAAGGAGAAGAAAUCCAUACUCGGCACUCGGAAAGGUUAUUGGGAUUAUUUCUGUGUUUGCUUCGGCGAUCACAAGUAUGGGAUGAAAGUCCUGAAGUUUGUGAACGACAUGCUAAAGCUGAACACCUCAUUGGGAAAAGGGCGCGCAUUCAUCCGGUUCUGCCUGGUACAGCAACAACUUGCCGACUCCAUCCAGUUCUGCUUCCACAACAAGAAUAUGGUCAGUAAAUGGUAUUAUGCCAGGAGCCCCUUCUUAUCGGACACCCACAGGUUGGACAUCGUUGAACACCUGUACGCACUGAACGAGGUCACCUUCGAACUGCCUUUGAUCGGCGUUGAUCUGGACAUGUCGUGGCCCAUCGCCAGAUGGGAAAGUAAAUCCCACAGAUCGAUGACCAAGGCAUCACUGAACCAUUCCGAAUGCCAAGUGUCUGAGAGGGAUAAUGGUGUUCAGGGGAUCCACUGCCCAACAGGAGAGAGAGACACAGAGACAGAUAAAUUUAAAACUUUCACAAGAAUAUUGAGGAGAGUUCCGUGGAACAGCUUCUUACAGGAGCUGUCCAAGAAAACAGGUCAUGACCCAGCUGAGGUGACUGAAGGGGCAAAAGAGUCCAGGAAAGCCAAUGUCGGAGGGGUAGUGUCUGGAGAAGCCGAAACAGCCAGUACCUCAGACAUUGACAAUCGUCCACCAGGAGGCCAAAUAUUAACCCUGAAAACAGCAGAAUCUGCGUCAAGCCCAGAGCAACUUCCACAGUGUGACCAUGAUGCACCAGGGUACCGGUGUGAGGCAAGGGCUGCAGGGGUGCACCCAGGGUCCGAUUCCCCAGGGCAAGCGUCAGAGGGAAACCAUCUUGGUGGUCCAAGAGAGGGCCAAGGAGACCUAACUACCUUAGCUGUGGGCAAGGACAGGGAAGGUGAACUCAGCAAGCAAGCAGAACGGCAAGUAAUGGAGGAACUCAGGAAGGCACUACAGGAAAAGGAGCACGUCAUUAAGGAACUGCAGGAGCUUCUCCAAGAGAUGACAAAUACUAAGGCGGAAGGGUGCUCCAACCACCAGCAAGAGAUCGCGGCCUGGGAUGCGCAGGAGGAAAGUGCAGAGAGGCUGAGGAGGCUGGAGGACAGUAACAGGUUCUUGAAUGAGACCGUCGAGGAAAUGGACAGUAUGCUUGACGGACUGAGGCAAGCCCUGGCCUCAAAGGAGCAGGAGGUGACCCUCCUGAGGAUGGAGAAGCUGGCUGCGGCUGAACAAGUCGACGUGGAGGAGGGAGAAGGGCUGAAGGUGGAGCUUGGCGGGCAGCGAGAGGUGUGCGGUGAGACUGAGCCGGAUCACCACUGUGACUCUGAGGAGUCAGAGCUGAGCUUCGGCUGGAGUGGGAAGGUACCAGAGUCAGCAGAGAUGGAGAAUCUUCAGAGCAAGCUUCAGUGCCUGGAGUCACUCAACAAGUCACUGGAGGACAAAUACCAUCAGAGCCAGCAGCAGGUCAGAGAGCUGGAGAUGUCUGUCGUUGCCCUUCAGUCUGAGGUCAGCAGACUCCAAGGCUCCAAACUUCGGCCCCAGGACAGCACCCCGCCUCCCGAUAGGUGUCCACGGGAGGCUGGUGAGAAUCUGGAGAGAGAGAUGAGGGGGGUCCAAACGGAGAGCGAGGCGCUGGACGAGCAGCAGGUGGAGAGGGAGGACCUGGCACGGGAGGAGGCCCCACUCUCGUACUCCCUCGCUGCAAUGAAGCCAGCGAACCAACAAGCCCAGGAGAAGAUUUCCGAGCUGGAUCAGCAGCUGGUGCGAUACAGAGCAGGCGAACUGAGCCGCGGGGAGACCACAAACAUUACGGCAAAGAACGAUCAGAGUCUGAACAUCCUGAAGGGGAAACUUGAGGAGAUAAUUCUGAAAAUAGAGCGUGAAGAGAGGCCCAAUAUUGAUAUCAAACUAGCAGAAGCUCUUGCCCAAUUGCACCUGUUAACAGCCGAGCAGAUAGGCAUGGAGAAUGGGGCUGCUGAAUCAGAAGACCAAGCAGAGAUUCCUGCAGAGGAGGAGACACCUCAGGACGAGGAUACCAAAGUGGAGUACAGUUUACAGGAAGCUGUCCUGGAGGGAGGACCCACCCAGAGGAAACCAGAAUGUACAUCUGACCACCAGCAGCAUGUUGGAAUGAGAAAGCCCUUCUCCCAGCUUUCCACCCCGGACAGAUCUGCCCAAUUUGAGAGACAAAUGGAAGAACUGGAGAACAGGCACAGACAAGCGGUUUGGACCAUGGAGGAGAGAAUUGAGAGCCUCAGAGCCGAGAGGGAGGCCAUGGAGUGCCAGACAGUGGAUCUGGAGAAGCAGGUCCAGACCCUGGAGGAGGACCUCCUGCAGCUGAGGGACACUGUUGGUCGGCUGGAGCUGGAAAACAGGACGUUGCAGGGAGAGCUGCAGGAGGCCCGGGCCGCGGCAGAGUUGUGUGCCCAGACGCUGGAGCAAGCGGAUGCCGAGGCAGGGCAGAGGCGAGAGGAGGACAUGGCUGGGUGGAUGCUGCCAGCUGUGGCACAACUGCUGUGUACCCCGCAGGAGGAGGAGGAGAGUGUGUCCACCCUCCACAACGACUGUAAUUCCCGAAUGGAUGGGACCGGGGUCAUGGAGGAGAAGAUGAGCUCCCGGGAUGCUGAAGUGAACUUAUUGGUGGCAUCACUGGCACAAGCCAAGGUGGCUGAGGAGGAACUGAGGGGGCUGCUGAAGGAGGCACAGGAAGAUGCAAAGAGCAGAGAGGAGGAAAGCCGGGUCCUCAAGGAGAUGGUGGUGUCGCUGAAGGAGAGGACAGUCGAGCUCCUCAGGGAGAAGGACCUACUGUGGCAGAAGGCAGAGAAAAUGCAGAUGAACACACAACCGGACAGUCAGAAGGCAUCCCUAAGGAGGAAUCCAUUCGGGAGCAAGAAAUGGAUUUGAGUGACAAGCUGUUGCUGUAAAGAUCUGAGACCCUUCUCUACAGAUCCUUGCUUUGUCUGAAACUGUCUCCCAAUUCCCCUGCUUGUCCGAGAGCCUCUCCCAAUUCUCCUGCUUGUCUGAUUCCCUUUCCCGAUUCCCCUGCUUGUCUGGGACCCUCUCCCGAUUCCUUUGCUUGUCUGAGACUGUCUCCCGAUUCCUCUGAUUGUCUGAGACCCUCUUCCAAUACCUCUGCCAGGAUCCUGUUUAUCCAGGACUAUCUCCACGGACCCCUGCUUUGUCCGAAAUCCUCUCCAACACCCCUGCAUUGCCCAAGACCAUUCCUUGAACCUUCAGUCAUCCAGUAAUUGGAACUGGAUUUGGAAUUGGUUUAUUAUUGUCACAUGUACUGAGAUAGAGUGAAGAGCUUAUCUUGUGUACUUUUCAUACAGAUCAGUUCAUUACACAAUGAACUGAGGUUGAAUACUGUAUCACAACCCUCUCCCAGAACCCCAGCUUUAGUGGAACUCUGCUGCUGUUCAGAGCUCUACCAAUGCAGAGGUGGAUAGUCCAGCGGUCAAAGAUCAAAAUCUGCUAGUCUAGAGGUAGAGGCAUGAAGGUCGAGUCUGCAAGUCCAGGCCAGGAACUGGAGGUUGAAGGCCCAAUAUCUGAGAGCCCAGAUGUGGCCUGUUCCAAGGUUUGAGGCCUGUCAGUGUAUUGCAUCUUUUGCAUUCCUUAUUUUUCCUAUAAGUGCUUGCAAGAAAAUGAAUCUCAAGGUAGUAUGUGGUAAUAUAUAUGUACGUUGAGAAUAAAUUUACUUCAAAUUUUGAAAUUUUGAACCAAGGGUUUCAAGAGGUAUUGGAUGAAGGAGAUUGAGUUCACAUUACUGCAUGUUGGCUCAGAUAAAGGACAGAAUGGCCUCUUCAUUCAGCCACUCAGUGAUGAAGGCUCUGUCAGAUAGGUGUUCAAGGGUUCUGACCCAGUGCCAACCACACCACAUUGGUACUGAGCACAGGUCCAGAAAGUUAAGUUGCUUGGAAUUCAGGAUGAGAUAGUAAAUUGUAGGAGAAGCCAGGGAAGAUAAUAAUAAGAUUGAAAGAGUGCAGAGAAAAUUUACAAGAAUGUUGCUGGGACUUAAGGACCCGAGUUACAGGGAAAGCUCAAGUAGGUUAGUGUUUUAUCCCCUGGAGUGUAGGAGAAUAAGGGGAUAUUUGAUUGAGGUAUAUAAAAUCACUGAGGUUGGGUGAGAUUACAACUAGAAGUCAUAGGUUAAGAGUGAAAGGUGAAAUAUUUAAGUGGAACCUGAAGGGAAACUUCUUCACUCAGAUGGUGGUGCGAGUGUUGUAUGAACCGCUGAUGGAAGUGUUGUAUGUAGGUUUGUUUGCAACAUUUAAGAGAAGUUUUGAUAAGUACGAGGAUGGGAGGGGUAUGAAGAACUAGAUCCAGGAGCAGGUCGAUGGGACUAGGCAGAGUAACAGCUUGCCAUGGACUAGAUGGGGUGAAGAGCAUGUUUCUGUGCUGUAGUGCUCUGUGGCUCCAUGACCCCAGCCAGCGAGCGACUGACCUCAGCCACACUGAGUUCCUCUGGCGGACAACUUGUUGCUCCUGCCACAUUCUGGAGAAUAUUUCAUCCUUCACCUCCCAUGCCCCAGGACUGCACUGCCCCCCACAACUCCCCCAGAGAGACAUCUCCUGAGCAGAUACCCCACUCUGUAGCUCCCAUCCUCCUGCCCCGUCAACCCCAUUCCUGCCUAUGGGGGCACUCGACCCGAGAGUGUCGGUCUGAUUAUGUACUCUGCCCAAUAUCAGCUUUUCUCUGGAAUUAAGCAGGGGAAGUCAGAGAUACUCUACAGAUCAGACAGCAUUCAUGGAGGGAGCAAUAUAUUGAUAACAUUUCACCAGGUUCCUCUUUCUGAAUCCCUCUUCCCAAACUGAAAACCGAAACACCAGCUGGCAUCUGAAAUUGAGCAGGGAACCUAGAGCAUAGAACACAGAGCAAUACAGAUUAAUACAGGUCUUCUGGCCCACCAUGUUGUGUCUCUAAGAUCAAUCUAACCCUUCACUCUCACAUGGCCAUCCAUUAUCAUUUCAUAAAUGUGCCCAUCGAAAAGUCUUUCAAAUGCCUCUAACACCACCCCGCCAGGACUUUCUACUCACUGUCCACUACUGUACUUCUGACAUUCCUCCUAUAAUUUCUUCCCUUAAAGUUAUGGCCCCUUGUAUUCCCUUGCAGGGAAGGCUGGAGAUAUUCAACAGGUCCAGCAGCAUCUGGGGUAAGAGAAUUUGCACUGAUGUUAAACACAAGAGAUUCUGCCGAAGCUGGAGAUCUUAAGCUACACGUAGAAAAUGCUGGAGGAGCUCAACAGGUCAGGGCAGCAUCUAUGGAGGGUAAUAAACAGUCGCUAUUCCGCGAAGUAAUUUACAGUGAUGCAUUAAUCCACCAACCUGCACGUCUUUGGGACGUGGGAAGAAACUGGAGCAUCUGGGAGAAACUCAGAUUGUUACAGUGAGAAUGUGCAAACUCCACAGAGACAGUGAUGGACGUCAGGAUUGAACUGUGUUUUAUGGAGAUGUCAGGCAGUGGCUCUACCCACUCUGCCACUGGGGCCACUUCUGGUCAACGGCAGCAGAAACAGAUAAUAAACACAAGAGAUUCUGCAGAUACCAGAACACAUGAGCAAUGCGCAUAAAAUGCUGGAGGAUCUCAGCAGAUCAGGCAGCAUCGAUAGAAGGGAAUAAACAGCUGCCUUUUGGGUGUGAGACUCCUGAUGGAGGAAUAACAGUUCAGUAUCAACCAGAUGGGCCGAAAGACACGUUGUUGUGCUGUACCACUCUAUGCCUCUGUAACUAUGACUCUCACUUUGCUGCUUUGAGGAACCAAGUCCCAAACACUCACAAACCCUUUAUUUUUAAAUACUGACUCAUCGUGCUGAGUUCUAGAUUCUACCCUAAGAGGAAAUAUCCUCUUCACCCCCACCCUGCAAAGAUGUCAGAAUAAAACAGAAAAGAAGUAUAACAGGGUUAGUCAGCACACAAUCAGCUGUUUCGCUUUCUGUAGUCUCAGUCUCAGUCAGACCACAGGAAGAGGCCAUUUCCUGUCACUGACCCCAUCCUGCACCAGGGCAGGACUCAGUCCAGCACAGGGGAGAUGGACUAUAUACGUUUAUAGUUACAGAUAUGUCAUUCUAUGGGGGGGGGGGGGAGAGCCUCCUAACAAGCUGCAUCACUGUUUGGUACAGAAACUGCACGGUGGCAGACAGGAAGGCUCUACAACAGGUAGUCAAAACUAUCCAACCCAUCGCUGGCACCAGGCUACCGCCACAGCUGACAUACAUAUGGAAAGGUGCCAGAAGAGGGCCAGUAACAUCAUGGAGGAUGCCACCCGCCCUGCUCAUGUUUCACUCCCGUCAGGAAGGAGGCUGCGUAGCAUCCACGCCAGGAUCACCAGACUCACAAGCAGUUACUCUCCCCAAGCAGUAAGACUGAUCAACACCUCCAACAACUUGCCCACCCCAACCACUUCUACUCUAUCAUUUCCUGUCAGAGUCACCUUAUGUACAGACUCUCCUGUGCCUAAUGUCACUUCAUGGAUGUGGUAAGAUAAGAUAAAACUUUAUCCCAGAGUAAAUUAUUGUUUCAAGGUUGCUCAGUCAGAAAUAGAAACUUUAAAAUACAAACUGUAAGCAUUAAGGUAUGAAAAAAUACAAAAUGUGCAUUAAAAAGUAAUAGUGCAAAAUACAGAUGUGCAAUGAAACCAUAUACUUAUAUACUUAAGGAGGAGUUGUAGAGUCUUGUAGCCACAAUCAAUCAAGAGCCAUCAAACGCACCUCGUGCAUUAACCUUUUCGUUCCCAGGAUCACUCUCGUGAACCUCUCCAAUGCCAGCACAUCCUCUUAGAUAAGGGUCGCAAAACUGCUCUCAAUACUCCAAUUGCAUUCUGAGUAAUGCCUUAUAAACCCUUGCCAUGUGUAUUAGGAUUCACAUUUCUGUCCACACGUGCGCUGAGAUGCUGAGACAAUGAAAACCGUGCUUGCAGCAGCAUCACGGACACACAGAACAUUUUACACAAGAAUGUGAAGAGAGAGAGAGAUAAAAACUGUUCAAAAACAAGACCUUAGUUCAAAGUCGGAGACAAGCCGGUGCCAAUGCAAGAGGUGGUCUGUAGUGUUGUGUUCUGAGGCAGUGAUGAGGAUUCUACAGGUUGGGUCAAGAACUGAACGAGUGACAGGAAGUAGCUGUUCCUCAGCCUGGUGACGUGAGACUUCAGGCCUCUGUACCUCAUUGCCCAGUGGUCGCUGUGAGAAGAUGGUAUGGCCCAGAUGGUGGGGUCUUUGAUGAUAGAUGUUGCCUUCCUGAGACAUUGCCUCCUAAGAACAUAAAGACCAUAAGACAUAGGAGCAGAAUUGGGCCAUUUAACUCACUGAGUUGGCUCUGCAUUCCAUUAUGGCUGAUCCAUUUCCCUCCCAGUGGCUCAACGGAUCAAUUUAAUGUCAGAGAAUAUAUACAAUAUACAACCUGAAAUCUUUUCUCAUCGCAGGUAUCCACGGAACAGAGAGAGAAAAAAAUCCUAACGAAUGAAUGAUAGGAAAGUGUUACAAUCCAAAAGCCCCCCACCCCCUCCCACACAUAAGUAGCAACAAAAGCAUCUACCCUCCCCUUCCCAUCUUGCUCCAGUAAAAGCAUCAACCCCCUCACACACCGUGCAAGCAAUAGUAACCCCCCUCCCCUGAGACCAUGAGCUGGAGUCCAUCAAAAACCCAACACUUCAACAUCUCAGACAGGCUCUCACUCUCAAGGGGCAGGGUCGAGGGGGAAGGUCAGCAAUUUACUCUUUCAAUGUUACAAUCUCCACAGUUGCUUAUUCAAGUUCCCCCAACUUGAGAACCAGCUGACCCCAUUCUGCUGCCUUCUCCCGGUAACCUUUCAUGACCUCACUAAUCAAGAACCUAUCAACCUCUGCCUUAAAUACACCCAAUGACCUGGCAACUGUUAGAGUAAUUUUUGGGUUUAGGUCAUUUACACUUAGCAAGUGGCUUUGUCCACCAGUCUUCUGUUCCUUGACAAUGUACUGUGGAUUGAGUUUGUAACAAUGCAUUUCCUAAUAGCUGUGUAUACCAGUCCACACACUGCUGGCGCCAGUGGGAUGGAUGUAAUCAGAAGGUGUGAAGUUUAUAUGUAGCCUCAAAAGAAAGCAUUGUCUAUACUUUGUAAAUAUUGAUUGCCCUUUAGUAUUUAGCAAAUAAAUAUUGAGCCCCACAUUGGGCCAGCAGACCUUUCCACCGAAAGCAUCUCGGUAUGAUGAUGCCUGCUGUAUCUGGUUUGUUGAAUAAAGAAGCUGCU